AUGCCAGAAAAACCAACCACGGUCGCCGCGUAUGCGGCCGGCGCCUCCCUCGCCGCGGUCGCCCUCUUCUACGUCUUCGGCCCCAACUACACCAUUGACAGCGACGAGGCUGGCGACAGCAACCGCAAGAAGAGCAUUGUGGGCCUGGCCAAUACCGCCAAUGACUGCUUCAUCAACUCGGUUCUACAGGCGCUUGCUGGCCUGGGCGAACUGCGUGUUUAUUUGAUCCGGGAGCUUCACCGGCGCCAGCUGGAUGGCCCGGAGGUGUAUAAUGUGCUCCCUGAUGUGAGCGAAAUGCGCCGCGGGGACAAGCCCGACCGCAUCCGCGAGCUGCAGCAGGGUACGAUCACAAGAGCAUUAAAGGAGAUGCUGGAUCGGCUGAACGAACGGCCCAUCUAUAAGAAGACUAUCUCGGCCCGUGGGUUCAUACAAGCGCUUGAGUAUGCCUUCCGCACACGAAUCAGCCGCAACCAACAGGACGCGCAGGAGUUCCUGCAGAUUGUGGCAGAGCGUCUCUGUGAUGAAUACCAUGCUGGUGUCAAGGCGCGACAACGGGCCCCAAACGCAAUUGAGAUGCCCGCAGGGCCGGGCACGGUUGAGGUUGAGAACGGUACACCGGCUGAGAAGAGCCACGCCGAGGUGGAAGUUCGCAUCGACGAUGGGUCGGAGAACGGCCUUCCCGCUAUCAUAGACACCAAGCUCAAGGAAAUCGACAACGAAUACGGCUUCCCGUUUGAAGGCAAACUAGAGUCGCAGAUCGAAUGCCAGUUUUGCCACUAUCAGUAUAAACCGAAUCAGACGUCGUUUGUCAACCUGACCCUGCAGGUCCCUCAGAAGAGCUCCACCACUCUCAACGCCUGCUUUGAUGGGCUUCUCAAAACGGAGUAUAUUGAGGACUUCCGGUGCGACAGAUGUCGCUUACAGCAUGCGCUCGACACGAAGACACAAGAUUUGUCGCACGCCCGUAGUGGAAGGGAGCGGCAGGUCCUGGAGGCCGAAAUCGAUAAGAUCCAGAACGCUUUGUCAACGGACCCGGAACAGACGCUGGAAGACGUCACCUUGCCUCCCGCGGAGCUUGCGCCCAAGCGGAAAAUUGCACGGCAUAUGCGCAUCACGGUCUUUCCCAGAAUCAUCGCGAUUCAUCUGUCGCGGUCUAUCUUCGACCAGAGCAGCUCAACCAAGAACGCUGCCAAAGUCGCCUUCCCGGAGAGGCUCCCCCUGGGCGGCAUUCUGACGCAGAAGUGGUUCAAGCUUCUGGCGGUCGUCUGUCACAAGGGCAGUCACCACAGCGGACACUACGAGUCUUUCCGCCGAAACAACCUCUACCCACCGUUCUCAACACCUGAUGUUUUCAGCUCUUACGCCCAGAGCCGCGCCGCGAGCACAAACGUAUCCACGGCUCCCAGCCCUCGCCUCGGCACCCGCAGUGUCCCUGAUACCGAGCCUCCGCCACUUAACAUUUCGACCUCGACAUCAUCCCCUUCUCUGUCGUCCCUCUCCUCUCCCGCACCGUCCCGAUCAGCUUCGCUCAAAAAUAUCGCCAAGGCAGGAUCCCAAUUAAUUACGCCGUCCUCUCCGGCGGCGAGACCCAGCACGUCGAGUUCGCGCGUUUCAUUCCAAAGCAACCGGUCCAAGUCGACGACUCACCUGGGGCCCUCGUCGGAACCGCAGAGUCCAGCUACAGAGGGAGGCGGACGGUUAAGCAAGUCGGCAUCGAGGACCUCUUUCAUGGGAGCCGAUUCGACCACUGGAUCUCGCCUGCGUCGUCGUCGCAAGGCCAACGAUCGUUGGUGGCGAAUCUCAGACGAGAAGGUUAAGGAGUGCAAGACUUCAGAUGUGCUUGGGAUGCAGAAGGAGGUGUAUCUUUUGUUUUACGAGUUGGAGAAGCCGGGACAGUGA